AUGCAUUGGCCUAAGCUUGUGUCUGGGCUUCUGCUGUCUGCCGUCGCCGUGACGGACGCGCGCCGGAGCUUACAGCACGUGGGCAAGAAGGAUGCGAGACCCAAGUCCACCAUCUCGGAGUAUGAUAACUUCGCUACGCGUUUCUUAGCUACGCGACAGUUGCCGCCGCCCAGGUUCGCCAAUGCGAAUACCACAAAUGUUGUGAAACCAUACGAUGUGUUUAAGUGUACCUGGCUAAUUACCCCAACGAUAGAGUUCUCCGUCAACGGUACCGGUAUCCCUGAUGUCGACUUCGACGUCGGCGAGUCAUACGCUGGGUAUCUACCCAUCACCGACAACCCUGACGACACCGACGAGCUCUUCUUCUGGUUCUUCCCCUCGUCCGACCCGACAAACACGACUCAGAAGGAGAUCCUACUAUGGCUUAACGGUGGUCCUGGCUGCUCCUCUUUCGAGGGUCUCCUCCAGGAAAACGGCCCGUUCAUCUGGCAAUCCGGCACGCUGAAGCCGAUCCCUAACCCGUGGGCCUGGAACCGGCUAACAAACGUGGUAUGGGUGGAACAGCCCAUCGGCACGGGUUUCUCGCGCGGCAAGGUGACGGCCCGCGGAGAGGAGGAUGUAGCCGCCCAGUUCCUCGGCUUCUGGAAGAACUUCAUUGAUACCUUCUCCCACAAGGUUACAAGGUACAAGAACGACACCGCCUACUACGACGUAUCAGGUCUAAUCGUAUACGACCCCGUCCUCGGCGACGACGUCGUCCAGGAAUCCGCUACCACAGUCCCCUUCGUCGACUAUCACCACAACCUAUUCACCUUCAACAAUUCCUUCAGCGCUUACAUCCACGGACUACACGACUCUUGCGGUUUCGCCGACUACAACGCCAAGUACCUAACAUACCCUCCAUCAGGCCCGCAGCCCAAGGGCUACACCCAGAGCGUCAGCCGCGAAUGCCAGAACCUGUGGGAAGUCAUUCUAGAAGAAGCACUCAGCAUCAACCCCUGCUUCGACGUAUACCAAGUUGCCAUCACAUGUCCUAUACUAUACGACGUCCUCGGCUUCCCCGGCACGAUCGGAUACCUCCCCGAAGGCGGUGAAAUCUACUUCGACCGAGACGACGUGAAGAAGGCGAUCCACGCAGACCUCGACACGAAAUGGGCCGAAUGCGCCGACGGCGACGUCUUCGUAGGCGGUGAUCGAUCAGACCCGUCUUCGUGGAAAGUCCUCCCGCACGUCAUUGACGCUACAAAGAACGUCAUCAUCGGACACGGGUCUCUCGACAUGAUUUUACUACCAAACGGCACUCUACUCACGAUCCAAAACACAACGUGGGGCGGACAGCUUGGCUUCCAAACCCCUCCUAUCGAGCCGUUCUUCGUGCCAUUCCACACCCUCAGCACAGCUGACCAGAUCGAGGGGGAAACCGACCCGACAAAGCUAGGCAGCAUUGCAGCAGCAGGCGUACUAGGAACAGCACACACGGAACGAGGACUCACCUACGUCAGUGUCGAUUUAUCCGGCCACAUGAUCCCGCAGUACGCGCCUAGUGCCGCAUUCCGCCAUCUCGAGUUCCUGCUCGGUCGCGUCGACAGCCUGAGUUCCGUCCAGCCGUUACCAUCGAGCCCAACUACCCGCAGCCCCUGCAACGCGCUGGGAAAUGGUACGGGACCUGGGACGUUAGCGCUGCGGCAGAGCAGGGGACAGGUAACGUGUCUGCGAGUGCUGAAGCGAAGGGCUCUGAUGCCGGAGAUCGGGGUGGGCUUCAGUGUAGUGCUAAUGGCUGCUGGUGCCAUGACUAUGGUUGCGAUGACAAAUUUGUGA